AUGAGCCCGUUGGUCAACGCGAUCCGCUUUUCGGUGCUCGCCAGAUGCUAUCCUGGUCACGGGUUGCUGGUAGUAAGUGUCGAGCCCCCUGUUACUCAAACAGGGGCCCGCGAUGUAAAAAGCUUCAGUCGGUCGCAAAUACCGCCGGGCAAACGAGCGAAAUUCAACACGUUCGCAGGGGAAAUGUUGCUGAUCGCCGAUCGCCAUGGAAAACGGCGCAAGAACCUCGAGGAUAUGGCGGACACUGGCGAUCACGAAGAAACCCUAGAGUCUCAAUUCAAGGCCUUCUCCAAAUUCGGGGACCAUAAAUCCGACGGGAAGCUAAUCACUCUAUCCAACAGCGACAAAUGGAUGAAGCAAGCCGGCGUCAUUGACAAGAAAAUUACGACGACGGACACCGCGAUCCAGUUCAAAAAGUUCAAGGCAAUGAAGAUCAACUGUGCAGAUUACAAAAAGUUCUUGGAAGCCUUGGCGACCUCCAAAAAAGUAGAACUUGAGCCGAUCAUUGAGAGGCUGAAGACUUGCGGUUUGCCUGGGACCACUAAAACGACGGCCGUGGUGAAAAGCCGAGCCCUGGAUCGCCUGACGGACACCACCAAGUACACCGGGACGCACAAGGAACGCUUCGACGAUUCGGGCAAGGGCAAGGGCCUGGCGGGGCGCCGCGAAGAACACGACGACUCCGGCUACGUGACCGGAUUCAAGCGAGAAGGCGAGGAAGAAGCUCACAACAACGGCGACACCACUGCCGCCGCCGCCGUCGCCAAAUGAGUGACCAACCGCCGCCCAGCCUCGGUAUCGUCAGGAGUCGAUCACGACCCCUGCGUCGCUUCGCUACAACCCGCAGCACGUUCGGCACUUUCUCGGACGCUCGUGUUCUUCUCUUUCAUCUUCCCCCCCUCGACGUGGCCCACCACAUUUUGCAGAUGAUGCCGUCUGUUUCCUUCCCGUCGACUCGAACCCCGAAUCAUCAGUCCAAUAUUGACAAAAGAAAAGAAAAAGAAGACUCUCUCUCUGCUGCACCUCUUCGAACCAGCGUUUUGCAUGGUGCACGGCAUGGAAUCAGGGAUUGGAAGAGCGGACCGUCCUUGACAGCGUAAAAUAUGUCCUCGUCAGCUGCCGUCGUCACUUCGUCCUUAGCUCGCUCUUUCAUCUGCCUGCUUUCUAUGAAAUAACUAACCAAAACCACUGGUUUUUUUUUUUGCCAUUUUCAGACAUCCGUGCGCGUUUUAUAUACCCUUUUCACGAUUCACGGAAACGUUGCCGGUUUUUUCUCGUCAACUUCUGUUGCCUUUCAGAGAGCCAAUACGGAACGAGUUCAAAACUAACGAAACUGCCUGCCAAAGAAGAAACCGGAGAUACUUGUGCUAACUUUUGCAAGCCUUUACCAAAGAAACUCGCGGACGGGGGAACAAUAUUUCGAGCUGACUUGGCAAAAAACCUGUCUCAGUAUUCACUGCUUCUCUGGCCUGCGUGGUUUAUUUUUACGAUUGGUUUUCGUAUGGGAGAUGAUCAUAUGAAGAAUGAAUGAGAGGGCCAAAUUUGUGGAAAGAAGUGGCCAAGGUAGUCGCAGUUUGCUUUCAGAGUAUUUUCUACUUGCUGUUUAGAUGUGAGGCUUCGCACAGACCGUGGCUGGAUAGUUUCUCGGCGUAUGUUGACAAGAUUAUAUGUUUCACGUUGGGCGGGGAUCCCAAAUGAUGGCGUACAUUCCGGGGAUGCACUUCGCGUUCCGAGCAAAUUGACUUGUUCAAUUUAGUCCUACAUAUAAACGAGAACCUCUGGCAUCUUGAAAUGUUUGCAGCAUCCCGUGAUUCUACCAUAGCUGCGAUCCACGAGCAAUCGCGCAGAGAGUCGAAGACUAUAUAUGUCGGAGAUCUUUUCUUUUGUUGAGUAUUCCCUAUUUAUUUUUCGAAUAUGCAGCAAUAAGUCUCGUAGGUAUUUUUUGGUUUAAAUUUCACGACUUCCGAUCUUCGAACUUCGCAUUGAUCCGAAAGGCUGCAUUGGCAAACGUUUCAAGUAGCCCGGAAGGUUUUGUUUCAACUUUUCUGGUUCUUCUCACUCGAUGGACCGGGGGUUUUCAAUCGAACAAGGGGGCAUGGAAACCCCUUUUUUUGUGACUCACGUGUUUGUUUACCGGGUUUAUUAAUUCAACAAUGUUUUCUAAAACUGGAUAUGCUAGGUCAAGAGCUGUUCGUCACAGUCCAUUCAUAUUCGGGGAUUUCUUAUUAUUUUAGUCCACAUUCACUACCUGCGCGGAUUAACCCUUCCAAGCAAUCACCUCAAGAAUUUCGAGAUAUUUAUUCAUCAAACCUAAUCAGUAACCUUGCGAGUUGAAGAUAGUUUUUUUUUUAAUUGACAUACUCAGGUAUUUUUUCACAGUCUGAUGCACAAAGUUUAGGAAUUUUUUUCCGCUUCGAACAAGGAUUUCCUAGAUGCAUGUUUCAAAAGAAAACUUAGGUCGGGCAUUCAAGUAAAAAUAUCCAAAUUUCGCCGAAGGCCUACGAAUAGAACCGCGUCAGAGGAUUACACUCAAUCUUCAGGGUUUAUUAUUUAUUUUUUUCGUUUUUUUUUGCCAUGCUUGGCUCUUUUAGCAGGUGAAUUGUUUCUUUGUUGGUCACAGGAACCGGUUACGGGAUGAGUGUAGGAAUCCAGUCAUGUACUCCUGGAACAAAAGGCCGCGGUGGAAUUAUUUCCCGGUAUUCGGAUCGUCAGGGUUGUACUUGGUUCGCGAAUGUGGACGUUGAACGCAGCAGCUCGAGUCACUUCCGAUCCGCACGCUUCUGAAGUACCGGACACGGUACUUGUUUGUGUGUGCGAAUGCGCGCGUGCUGAGAACGAUUUCAGAUUUCGCGAAUAAAGGGGGAAAAUAUGAGCGAUGUGAGGCUUCUGUAGUAAAUGUUACAGUCGUUGAGCAAAAAAAAAAAAAAGAUUACUGAACCUUGCAUCGUCCUGACAACUGCGUUGGAUUGAUUUGAACAAUUAAAUUUUAUUUUGUUCAGUUAUACUCUUUCAGCUCAUCUGAGACAAAUAUUCCUUCAGAUGAAAUGCCGAACUGCACAAUUUGUUACGAGGAUUUUUUUUCUCGUUCCGCGCUUUCCUUGCCACAUUGUCGGGUUGAAUGCUCACUUUGAACUGAUUCUGAAGUUGCAUUAAAGGCUUACCAGUGUUCCACACA